GGCGGCUGCGGCUCCGGUCUGAUUGACGGCGCGGUUGCUUUGAGGGCGCCGCAGCCCUACCGAGCGGGGACAGCGAGAGGCCGGAGGGUGGGAAAGCGGCCGGCGGAGGGCGGCGCCGAAGGAGGGCGGCGCGCGGUGACUCAUCCCUCUGGAAGAUCAGACACGCUCGCUGAUCCCGCCCGCCCGCGCCGCCGCUCCUCAACCGGGAGGCGCCCGCCCGCUCGCACUGCCCUCCCCGCUCCGAGCUCCCGGCCCGGCUGCCGCACAGAAAGUUUUUCCGGGCUCAGGGCCUGCGGGAAGCGGGGCUGGCACGGCAGAGGAGGCGGUCGCCGUGCGGGCCCGCCGAGUGCAUGGUGCCCGGUGCUCGGGCCGUGCGUCUGGAGGAGCCGGGGCGGGGCGGGGCUGAGCCCAGCUCCUGAGCCUCUGUCCAGCUGCGUCCGAAGCCAGGGACUGUCGCGGGGGUCGCGCUCCAACGCCAUGUCCCGGCUGCUGCCGCUGCUGGGGAGCCGGACGGUGCGCAGCCUGAGGCCGGGCCCUGCCGCCGCGCCCCGCCCGCCGUCCUGGUGCGGCUGCGGCCGGGGACUGCUGGCGCUCGGGGUCCCCGGCGGUCCCCGGCUCCUUGGCACCCACCCCAAGAAGGAGCCCAUGGAGGCGCUGAACACUGCGCAAGGCGCGCGCGAUUUCAUCUACAGUCUGCACUCCACCGAGAGGAGCUGCUUGCUCAAAGAGCUGCACCGCUUCGAGUCCAUUGCCAUCGCCCAAGAGAAAUUGGAAGCUCAACCACCCACUCCAGGACAGCUGAGAUAUGUAUUCUUCCACAAUGCGAUACCUUUCAUAGGGUUUGGCUUUUUGGAUAAUGCAAUUAUGAUUGUUGCAGGAACCCAGAUCGAAUUGUCUAUUGGAAUUAUUUUGGGAAUUUCAACAAUGGCAGCUGCUGCUUUGGGAAAUCUUGUUUCAGAUUUAGCUGGACUUGGCCUUGCAGGUUAUGUUGAAGCCUUGGCUUCCAGGUUAGGCCUAUCAAUUCCUGAUCUCACACCAAAGCAAGUUGACAUGUGGCAGACGCGUGUUAGCACACAUCUGGGCAAGGCUGUUGGGGUGACUAUUGGCUGCAUUCUAGGAAUGUUCCCUUUGUUUUUCUUUGGAGGAGGCGAAGAAGAUGAAAAACUGGAAACGACAAAUUAAUCAUCUUAGAAUCCCUAUAAAAAGAUGUAAACUAAUGUACCUCAGUCAUUAACAAAUACUGUCACGGCAUUUAGUGAUGAGGACAGUGACAGUGCAUAGAUACGGGAUCAAGUACUUCAGCAUGUAUUGUGGAAACACUAACUUAUUGUGGCUUGGUCUUCUUAAGAUAUCUUUUUAAAAACCAUUUAGUAUAUCAUUUUAUGUAAAUUGUUGAGAUGCUUUUCAUCAAUGGCAGUCAACAUGUUAUCUUUUCCUUCUCUCUAUGUAUCAACAUAUUAUUUAACUUUUAGUCAUUGAUACUGUACUGUACUGACUUGGGAUUUGCUUAUUUGUUAUAUAACAUGUACAUGCAUGGAAAUACCUAUUUAUGUUUUUUUUUCCUUGAUGAUUAUAAUUCAAAGCUAGGGUUUCUCCAAAUUAUGUAAGAUGUUUAACAUCAGUUAAAUUUUGACUCCCUGCCUGGAGGCAUCACUUCUGUGUUGUUUCACAGUAAACAUUAACGAUCAUAUACUUUCA